AUGAUGAGAAGUAUUCAAGAUGUGUUUUCACCACUGACAUCGGAUAUUCGUGAUAGAGACGACAGAUGGAGAGAAUGCUUCAUUAGUCCGUCUCAACCGGAUAAAGACACUUUUUGGACAAUUAUCCUGAUGUUUGUUGCGGCGGCAUGGAUGUCGCGCCAAACUCUAGUGUUGGCUGAAUACUUCUUCCCGGAUCGCAUAAGGCCGAGAGCUUUGAUGCUGUACAAUCGGAUACUGCAAGAUAGAAAAAAUGUGCUUGGCGCGAUGAUGAACGAGCAGAGGAAACAACUAGCCGACGACCAAAUGGCAGGCAGAGAAGCGAUCGUUCGCCGUGGAAUGCAAUCGAGAGGGUAUAUCAGAGUGAACUGCAGCAUAUGCAAUGCACAAGAUCUGCGGGUCGCCGAUGAGUCGAACACUCGCUUGUGUGUAUCAUGCGGGGAAUACUAUUGUAUUCAGUGCUUCAGUCUGCGCAGGUACUGUAAAGAAUGCCAGCACGAUAUGCAGUUAGUUGAUCGGGUUGAGCUCUACUACGAGGAUCUCACAGACGACGAGGAAUCCGAAGAAGACGAAGAAGUCGUUGAGGAA